CCUCUCCCUCCCUCACUCUUCUCUGCGCUCCUCAUUCACCAAAACGCGCCAUCAUGCCUUCCCAAAUCGAGCACCAGCUCAAGGCACAACUAGAGUCUCGCAAGGCCAGAUCCCUUCUGCGAUCCCUCGUUGUCAUCCCAGAGUCCUCGGCUGACUUUUCCUCCAACGACUUCCUGGGACUCGCACGCAAUCCCGCCCUCGGUUCCCACUUCCUCAAAGAACUCGCUUCCUUCCCCAAACAUACCCCUCCACUCGGAUCCACAGGAAGCCGUCUUUUAGAUGGCAACUCACGAUAUGCUGAGGAUCUCGAGACCCUUAUUGCCGAUUUUCAUCAUGCAGAGGCGGCCCUGAUCUUCAACUCGGGCUUUGAUGCCAACGUCGGCUUCUUCAGCAGCGUUCCCCAGCCUGGCGAUGUGAUCCUGUACGACGAGUAUAUUCAUGCCAGUGUCCACGAUGGCAUGAAGGUGACUCGCGCAGGCGUUAAGAAGGCCUUCUUACACAAUGAUCUGGACCAUCUCGCCCAAUUGCUCCAGGCUGUGCGACGCGAGGACCGCGAGAGAUAUGAUCUGUCAGGAUCGAGCAUGGGCCGCAAUAUCUUUGUUGCAGUAGAGAGUGUCUACUCCAUGGAUGGUGAUACAGCUCCUCUGAGGGAUAUCGUAGAUCUAUUGGAGUCCCAUGGUGCGCAUCUCAUCGUUGACGAGGCCCAUGCAACAGGGGUGUACGGAGUGAACGGAAGAGGACUUGUUAACGAGCUGGGACUAGAGCACAGGGUAUUUGCCAGACUUCAUACCUUCAGCAAAGCUCUCGCCAGCAACGGAGCUGCACUGGUCGGACCUAAGGUUCUCAAGGAGUACCUGAUCAACUACGCGCGGCCAUUGAUCUACUCAACAUUCACGUCGUUCAGUAAUCUGGCUAGCGUUAAAUCCGCAUAUCAAAUGUUAAUUGCAGGGGAAACUGUUGUGCUCGUGGAAAAGAUCCGGGGGUUGAUUCAUUACUUUCGAUCCAAUAUCCAGAUCCCUGAGCACAUGCUCCUCCCCUCCACAUCUCCUAUCCAGGGUAUCGUCAUGGAGGGGAACGCAAGAGUCAAUGCACUUUCACAGCAGUUGAUCAAGGCGGGCCUAAACGUCAAACCUAUCCGGUUCCCGACCGUGCCCAAGGGCAAGGAGCGCGUCCGCAUCUGUCUCCAUAGCCAUAACACACAAGAGCAGGUCGACCAGCUGAUCCGGAUUGUGCAAGCAUGGUUGCGCCAUGAGAAACAGUCUACAGCAACGGCGCCAAUACCAGCCAACCCUGCCUCCUCAGAGUUGUCCACAACCCCCACAGCAUCAACCCUGUCAUCGCCAUCACCAUCGCCAUCGUCGUCGUCCUCAAUAUUGUCAACACUUUCAGUUUCUACGCUUUCUGCAAUCCCAGCCAAAUUGUAAAAAGAAAAACCACUUGCAUCAAUUCCAUAAAUAAAGGGCGUGUAUCAUUGAA